AUGUGGAUCGUACGUCUCAUUUCGUCCGCUUUCUUCCUCACCGCCAUCGUUCUGUCCAUUCCCCUCGCGUUCGAUGUCGGUGGGAGAACCUGCGGCCUGGCAUAUUCCCUGUCUCUGGCAACGUUCUACUUUUUACUCUCCGUGCUCAAGCUCACCACCCCGGAUAACUCGCGAGUUCGUUAUGCCUUGAUCAUCCUCGCCAGGUCAACACAAUGGAUAGUUGCACCUAUACUCCUGAUCUGGUCCCUAAAUAAAUUUUCUGUCGACUCCGAUAACUCCAGCGGCUGGGUAGAGAGGACGUUCAAUGGGAAGAGAGCACAAGAUACUUCAAUCCAUGAAUGGAUAUUCGGUGCCAACGGCUUGAUCGAAACAGUGUCGCUAGGGAGCUGGGACAAGCUUCUCCAAUGGUCUACUCCAGUCUUCCAGUUGGCUGAGGGGUUUUGCAGUCUGCUAGUCAUUCAGGCUGCCGGUCAAAUCACAAGAUGGCUAGUUAAUAGAGGUGGAAGAAGUGACAGCUGGAUGAUCAGCCUCCUUGUUAUGUCCGCCUCGGUUAUCUCGAGCUCGAUUUACUUUCUAUGGCGUGUGCUACGGUUUCCAGAGAUCAGCAGCGUUGAUUCCGCUUUAAUCGGGGUUGCAAUCACAUGUGCUGUGUUCCUUUGCGCAUGGGGCAUUGGGAGCGGUCGAGGAAAUCCGGUGGAGAGCUCCCUAUUGUUUGCCUACAUCGUUCUCUGCAUCUAUCAGAUAUUCACCGACUAUCAACCCUCGACGCCCUUAGAGACACCAUCCGUGUCCUCGCAACCCGACUUUCCUCCGCUUCCACCCAUCAUCAUGGCCUCGUACACAACGCUUAUGCAUACGCUGUCUGCCUUGCCGUCCAUCAUCCACACCGCUUUUAAUAUCGUGAGCGCCGCUUUCAGUGCCAUCAGCCCUUCCGUCCUGAUAUCUUUGCUGUAUCGUUUGUUUGUGCUCUAUGCAUCGACAAGGAUUAUCCCUGCAGUUCGGGAAUCUGGAGCAAGAGCUCUAUCCCAGGAAGCGUCUCUUGAUGAUUCCGACGGUGCUGGUCAAUUUUUGGGUUUCUUGAGCUGGUUUUCACCAUCCAUUCUCAUUGCCGUUUACACCAGCUUGCUGAUGCAACAUUUUGCUGCCCAAUCCACGGGAGCAAAUGGGGAAUGGUGGAAGAGUGCUGGAGCCAUGGGCGGGAACUUUUGGAGAUGGGUCAACCUGGGAUGCACGAUGGGGCUUUACGCGGUCGAGUUGUGGUUGGGCAAGCAGGACGAUAUUGAUGGUGGCUUGACUGGACAUUGGAAGACAGACUGAAACGUGAACUGGAGCUCUGAAAGAAUAUCGACACAUGACUACCAUCGGAAGCAAUAUUUUGCCAUCCACUCAAGCAAGCGUUUUAUUUGGAUUAUUUCGACACAGUUGGAUACCUGACAUGAGAUGAUGAAGUCGGAGGCCAUAUGUCCAGCGUGGCUGUUUAGUCAGUCUCCAAGAAGCUGCUUACCGGUUCGCAGCGUGUAAAUUGCGAUGCAUUUUAUUCUCGCAAUCCGAGUUAUAUCCCCCUAGACUCGGACGCUUCCGAACGCUCUUAUGAUAUCUUGAUUAUCGGAAAUUACGCUUGCGAACACAUUCGCUUAAGAGUCCUUCGUUCCGCGGUCGAUCUUCGGACCUGAUCCAUUUUUUGGGCCGGAUUUGGAGGACAUUACGUCGUCUAACUCCUGCCCAUUCUUGCUAAGCGUCCAAGUCCCUCUUAAACGUACCCGAGAACCCUAACUGCGACCUGCCGUGCGGCCGGGCUCGACCGAAUCCUGGUGGUAUGAUCACCAAGUCUUAGGGCGAAGACGAGAGAAGAGUAGGAUAUCCAGGCGUUGCUGUAUCAAGAGAUAAACAUCCCAAAUGAAGAAUCCCAUCGCCCUUGCCCUUCAUCCACUGUAUUUUAUCCCUGUUCCUUUAGUCACCUAUCAUCACUGCCAGAUUCACACAAUGCAAAGCUACUAACAAACCACCGCAAAUCCAACAGAAAGUCCCUGCCUUGCGCUCCCUCAGCAUUUUCUUCUAACUUGUUUCUUUAUCUGUUUUGAUUAUAACGAUGCAUGCUGAGCAAAGGGGGGGAAAUUGCAAAGUUAUGUGUGUACAAUAUAUCACUCGGGUUAAGGAAAUUGAUAAUUUGAAAGCAUUGAAUUGAAUAUCA